AUGGCUGAUGAGAACAAGGGAGGCAUAUUCAGUUCAAAAAAGCUAUGACUGUUAGUUAGAUAUGAGAACGUUGGAGAAAUGACUACUCUCUUCCAACAAACCUACAAGAAACUCUCAAGAGCUUCGUGCUUUUUUCUCUCUUCAUAAUUCUCAUCUUCUCAACUUCGCUGCCUGAAACGCCGCCUCACAUAAAUCUCAAAGCAUUCCCAAGCUUUUGCCGCAGAAAAUCAAAUCUGAAAUUGACCAAAUCGGUGGAGAAGAUUAAAGCGAAGGAAAGCUAUGGAUGAGGCAGUCUUCACUCAUGCUUCAUCUUCGCCCUCCUCAAUCAUCGCGAAUUACCCUCUGAUAUCUGCCUUCGUCGCUUUCGUCGUCGCUCAAUCCACCAAGUUCUUCUCCGUUUGGUUUAAGGAGAGAAGAUGUGAUCUCAAGCAGCUUGUUGGUUCUGGCGGAAUGCCAUCUUCUCAUUCGGCAACUGUAACUGCUCUUGCUGCAGCUAUUGGAUUCCAGGAAGGCUUAGGAGGAUCUCUGUUUGCCAUUGCUUUACUCUUGGCUUGUAUUGUAAUGUAUGAUGCCACUGGUGUAAGAUUACAAGCAGGACGCCAAGCAGAGGUUUUGAACCAAAUUAUAUAUGAACUUCCUGAUGAGCAUCCUCUGGCUGAGAGGAUACCACUUCGUGAACUUCUUGGUCACACUCCCGUUCAGGUCAUUGUGGGUGGGAUACUUGGACUCAUCAUAGCAGCUAUUGGACAUCUAAUAACCAUAACCUAAUUAGUCAAACUUGAGGAAGCCGGCAUCCAUAAUCGCGCAGUUUAGUUCAUCUCCCAGUACAGUGCCUUUCUUCAGGCUCAAGUGUACAUUUUCUUGCACUUGACCUUCUCUAGCAGUUACAGGAGUUGAUUGCAGUUCUAGUCAAAGGGAAGCUUCUGUCCUUCGGAAUCAUUCAGUUGCCAAUAUACUUGAGAUAUUUCAGAAUCCCUAACACGUUAUUCGAUCAAGUUACUUUUCCUUUCAGUUGCCCCAGUUAUAUGUAACAAUUUAAAUACAUAGGCUAUCCCCAAAUUUAUUUAUAUAAUCUUCCGAUUUCACAGA